AUUACGUUGCUCUAUGGGCGGGACUUGCUGAACGAUUCCUCAUGUAUCGUCAUCAUCCCAUGGACUGACUUGUUUGUUGUCGAGCAAGAUGGAGUUCCUUUUGGGAAAUCCUUACAGUACACCAGUGGGGCACUGCAUUGAGAGAGCCACUGAUGGCUCCCUGCAAAGUGAAGACUGGACCCUCAACAUGGAAAUAUGUGACAUCAUCAAUGAAACAGAAGAUGGUCCAAAAGAUGCCAUUAGAGCGGUGAAGAAGAGGCUGAAUGGCAACAAGAACUAUAGAGAAGUGAUGUUGGCUCUAACGGUCCUGGAGACGUGUGUGAAGAACUGCGGCCAUCGUUUUCAUGCAUUAGUCACUAGCAGGGACUUUGUUGAUGGCGUGCUAGUUAAAAUCAUCUCCCCUAAAAACAACCCACCUACAAUCGUACAAGAUAAAGUACUCGCUCUGAUUCAGGCAUGGGCUGAUGCAUUCAGGAGCAGUCCAGACCUCACAGGGGUGGUUCAAAUCUAUGAGGAGCUAAAGAGGAAAGGCAUCGAGUUCCCCAUGUCAGACCUGGAGACCCUGUCACCUAUACACACACCUCAGCGGUCUGCAUCUGGUCCAGAGGGCGACUCCACCCUACACAAGUACAGUACCGCUACUCAGCCCACACCACCCGCUAUCCCACCAGCCUACACCGACCCUCAGGUCCCAAGCAUUCAUGCCUCUGGAUCCAUCAAUCCCACACCUGAACAGAUUUGCCGGCUGCGCAGCGAGUUGGACAUUGUUCGCGGAAACACUAAGGUGAUGUCAGAGAUGUUGACUGAGAUGGUCCCAGGACAGGAGGAUGCUUCAGACUAUGAGUUACUACAGGAGCUGAACAGGACUUGCAGAGCCAUGCAGCAGAGAAUAAUGGAGCUCAUCUCCUGUGUUUCCAAUGAAGCUGUGACUGAGGAGCUAUUGCACGUCAACGACGACCUCAACAACAUUUUCUUACGCUACGAAAGGUAUGAGAGGUUUAGGUCUGGAAGGUCUUCAGCUCAGAGUGUCAACAAUGGGGUUCUGAGUGAGGCUACAGAGGACAACCUGAUAGACCUCGGCCCAGGCUCCCCGGCGGUGGUCAGCAACAUGCCAAAUGCAGCCCCAACAAGCCUGCCCCCCACCAUGACAGCCCUUGCUGGAAGGCCCUCCUCCCCAGCCACCUUGGCCUCUCGCCUUGCUGGUCUUGACAUGGGUGCAGACAGUGUGAGCAGUACCCUGAGCUCUCUGUCCAGCUGUAAGCCUCCUCCUGCUCAGGACGACUUCGAUGUGUUCGCUCAAACCAGGACUGGAGCUAUGUCUGAACCACGCAAGAUUACCACAGCAGAAGACAGCCAUCCCACUGGCAGCCCUCCUCCCACUCUGGAUGUCCUACAGCCAACUGCAGGAGCGGGUGUCGGCGGCCAGUCCUCUGUCAUGGAUGACAUAGAGGAGUGGCUGUGUACUGAUGUGAAAGGAGAUGAAGGUGAGGAAGGUGUGACAAGUGAAGAGUUCGACAAGUUCCUCGAGGAGAGAGCCAAAGCUGCAGAGAUGGCUCCCAGCCUACCUUCGCCCCCCAGUGCCGACCCGGGUGCAGCGCAGGGAACCCCCAGCAGCAAGAAGUCAGACAGGCCAGAGGACACUUUGUUUGCCAUGUAGACCUUACACCUGUGACCCUUGAUCCCCCCCAGCCUAAGACCCGACCAGCUGAGCGGCAUCACCCGAAGACAGACUGACCUGACACUAAAACACAUCCACCUCCGUUUUGAUUCACCACAACACAGUUCAGUUACACUACAGAGAUUUGUACAUGCAAUCCUUGUAAAAAAGGAAUUAUUCAUGCUCUCCGUUAAUUUCUAAUUAGAAAAAGAAAACCAAAUAAAUGGCCUAUUUUGAUACACCACCAGACGAUGGAUCUCACCCACACGAUGACCAGUGUCAGAGGCAAUGAGGCAGCCCGCUUAUUCCUUCUUCUUUAUGUGUGAAGAAUCUCCCUCCGCCUGCUGUGGACUGCAGAGCUUCAUGUUGCAGCUAAUCCUGAUGAUAAGAUGUAGAGUUUUAUAAUAAAAAAAGAGUCCGUGUCAUAAGUAGGAAAAUCCAUUUCCUAUCCGAGCCCUCAAAGCAUGCAUUAAGACCACCAAACUUGAUCACUUAAGUUUUUUUCUAUUAAAAACCCCCCCAACAGACACAUUUUGGUUGUUAUUGCAGAAUUGCUCUUUAAAGGCAGAAGCACUGAGCUUACUGACAUGGAUAUCAUUUGUUUUUUGUUUUAAUCCCUUUGCAAGUAAAUCUGAGUUGAAUGUAAAUCUGUAAAUGACAAAUGUCAAGAUUGAGUUGUGUGUAUAUGUAAGCUACAGUAUGAAUGAAAGAGAUGUUGCUUUAAUGUAGAUUUUUGAAAAGGGUUUAUGUUUGCCGCUGCUCUGACAGUAGGGAUGUACUUCACUGGGGAAUAGCAUACAUCUGAUCAUUUAUUCACUCUAAAUCAGAAAAGAUGAAGACAGGAAUGUAGUUCUUGUGAUAUCAUAUCAACAAAUGUGUUCUUUUACCUUCCUCUAAUUCUGUUUUCUCAUGUUGUAGAUUUCUCUUUCACAAAUUUAGCACAGUUGUUGGAUGAUAUGUUGGUCACAACAGAUUUAUUGAGAUUAUUUUUGCUGAGAUUUCAGUAGCCCAAAGCUGCUGUAGUUGGUCUUACUUUCGUCUGCCGAACAAUACAGUGUAAUUAUUCUUGUUUAUGGAAUCAUCUGUAUGCUGAAGAUGGAUAUUUUUGUCAUUGAAUGCUUUGACAGGUAGUGGUAAUGUUAUUUUAAACAGAAUCCCAGUCAGAGUUGCUGGUAGCUGAAGAGACGUGCUGUCGUUGGUGAGAUUUACUCAUUGACUGUAGGUUUUAACUCCUUUUUGAGUAAAUAAUACUAUAUGUUGUCUGUUCUAAAAUUAAGUUUAGAGGACCAAAUUUGUGCUCUCUUCUGGAUUGUAGUCAGAAAAUUCUGGAUAACUGGGUUGUUCUUACAUAAUCUGAUCCUGUCUUGAACCCAGAAUUCACAGCACUUAUAUCCAGGGAUAUAAUGAGAAUUUAGUAUCACACUACAAAAGCUGUUUGCACAUUAUUUUUGUGCAUUUCUCCUUUGUUUCUUGACGCCGACACCUGAAAAGGCCUGACCUUUCAACAUGACAUGUGUUUUCAAGAAAUGAGCUCGCCGCAGACAAGUAGUGGUACAAAUGAGGCAUUUUACUCUUUUGACAAUAAUAGAUGCAACAUGUUACACAAUCACAACAAGCUUAAAACAAGCGUGAACUUUGACAGUCGCGUUACCUUUCAACUUGUACUGUAAAUCAGCUUAACCUGAUGUAGGUAAUGAGAAACGUUUGGAUAUAUUUGAGUGUAGAAAUAAUUUAUUCAGCACAAUUUUUUUUUUUCUGCAGAUCAGUAUUUUAAAUCAUUUUAUUGUAGAAAAAGGAAAAUGGGAAAUUAACAUAUGUUUAGGGAGAGUAUGAGAGAUUGUCAUAAUGACAUGUGUUUUAGUGUUUUUGGCUUUUGUUUAUGUUUAUGAGUUCAGAUUUUCCUUUUUAUACAUUGCUGCUGGCUCUUCUUUGUCGUGUUUAUUGGUUUCAUGGGUAUUGUUGUAGCUUGAAUGUGUCCAUACCGUAAACAUAUAGAUAUGGUUUAUAAAGGCAAAUAAUCACUGAUUUGUAGCGGUAAGAGGAUUACGCCAGUUGUCCCACUUACCUCAUGAAUGAUACAUAGUUUUAAUCGAUUCACUCACUCAUAAUCUAAUGGACUGACUAGCAGAUGACAAAGUAGACAUACUUAACUUACUUCGGACACCUCGGACAUAGCAUCAACAUUGCACAUUUUGAAAGGGAAAUUUCCUUUCUCCUUCUGUUUCCUUGUUUCAGUGUUAAACGUGUGCGUGCGUGUGUGUCAGCUGUUCUGCAACGCAGAAACGUUUGAUGUCAGUUGAAAAAAAAGAAGCCUCCAAAUGUGUGUUUAAAGAAUACAUGUUGUCACUACCCUGUUUGAUACCGUCCUGGUUUCUCUCAUUGUGAGCUCUGUCAGUGAUUUGUAACUGAAUCUCAGCAACUGAUAACUUUGCCAGAGUCAUCUCCGACCGGUUUUGCAGAGUAACAAUCCGUUUCUUUUUAUGUCACUGGAUAAUAUAAAGAGAUGCUGAUAAGGGAGGCUGUGCUGCGUGACUGCUACUUUCCUGAGUUGCCUCAUCUCUCAUUUCUCUUUGUGUUGUUUGACUUAUGCAUGAACUCUAAUAA